AUGCCCUCCCCCAAAACCCACACCUUCACGCACCUCCCCCUCUCAACCUCGGGCCCCCAACCCUGCGCCCUCACCGGCCCAGCCCUCCUGCAAACCCCCUACCUCAACAAAGGCUCCGCCUUCCCCUCCAGCGAACGCAAAACCUUCCACCUGGAAAGCCUCCUCCCCGCCAAAAUAAACACCCUCUCGGAACAGAUCAGCCGCGCAUAUGCCCAAUAUGCCACGCACAAGACGGACCUCGGCAAGAACACGUUCCUCGCCUCCAUGAAAGAACAGAACGAAAUCCUCUACUACGCGCUCUGCCAAACACAUCUGAAAGAGAUGUUUCCGGUGAUUUAUACGCCGACGGAGGGCGAGGCGAUUAAGAAUUUCUCGCGGCUGUUUCGCAGGCCCGAGGGGUGUUUUUUGCAUUCGGAUAUGGCUUCCGAGGAGAUCGAAACUGCGAUGGCGAGAUUCGGAGGCGAAGCGGAUGUUGAUGUUGUGGUGGUGAGUGACGGGGAGCAGAUUCUCGGGAUCGGAGAUCAGGGCGUCGGGGGGAUUUUGAUCAGUAUUGCGAAAUUGGUCCUCUAUACGCUCUGUGCGGGGAUCCAUCCGACGCGGACUCUGCCGGUGGUGUUGGAUGUCGGGACGGAUAAUGCGGAGCUCCUGAACGAUGAGUUGUAUUUGGGCUUGCAGAAGGGAAGAAUGAGAGGGGAAGGGUAUGAUGCGUUUGUGGAGAAGUUUGUGACGGCGGUGAGGAGGAAGUUUCCGCGGGCGUACUUGCAUUUUGAAGAUUUCGGUGUGGGCAAUGCGAGGAGGUUGUUGGGCAGGUAUUCGGAUCAAUUGGCAUGUUUUAAUGAUGAUGUUCAAGGGACCGGGUGCGUGACUCUCGCGGCCAUCUAUGCUGCUGCACACGUCGCUGGGUAUGACAUUUCGGAGUUGAGGGUGAUAUGUUUCGGAUCAGGAUCCGCAGGAACGGGGAUCGCAGAUCAGAUCCGAGACGCCAUAGCAGUCGAAGGCGGAAAAUCCGGCGAAGAAGCAGCGAAGCAAAUCUUUCUGAUCGAUAAGCCUGGAUUGUUGGUACAGAGUCGGAAAGAAGAACUCAUGCCGGCGCAACAUCCUUAUGCCAAGCCGGAUGAAGAUUGGAGAGGUACGGAUCCCAAGUCUCUGCUGGAGAUUGUGAAGCAUGUGAAGCCGCAUGUCUUGAUCGGAACGAGUACGCAGCCGAAAGCUUUCACCAAGGAGAUCGUACAGGAGAUGGCUAAGCAUGUUGAACGACCGAUUAUAUUCCCGCUUUCGAAUCCGACGAGACUGCACGAGGCUGAUCCGAGGGAUCUGUAUGCGUGGACGGAGGGCAAGGUUCUGUGUGCCAGUGGGAGUCCGUUUCCGCCGGUAGAGAUGGAGGGGGGGAAGAAGCGGGAGAUUGCAGAAUGUAACAAUAGCAAGUUCUCCCUUUCUGGAUAUCACGACGCUUUCUCACCUGCUCUUGCUCUUAGGCACUACGUUCCCGGGAAUCGGCCUGGGCGUAGUUCUCGGUCGAUCGAAGCUGCUUACCAAGGAGAUGUUGGUAGCGGCAGUGAAAGCGCUCGCCGCGCAGGCCCCGGCCCUGAAAGAUCCCGAUGCGGCGUUGUUGCCGGACGUAGGCGAUGUGCGAGAGAUUUCGGUCAAGAUAGCCGCGGCGGUGAUUCAGCAGGCGGUCCAAGACGGCCUGGCGCGGGAGAAGGAGAUCCCCUCUGACGGCGCUGAGUUGGAGGAGUGGAUCAGGGAGCAGAUGUGGGUUCCGGAAUAUCGUCCCCUCGAGAAAGUCGACCCGGGGGAUGCUAGCAGGGCAGCCAAGGGCGAAGCAGGCAGCAAAGGCCGCGAGAGAGUGGAGAUUUCCCAGUGA